UUGAAACCAGAUGAUCAGAUCUUCCACCUAGCUCCUGGAUAUCUGCUUGAAGUGCGCGCGUGCGACCUCCUCGUCCAGUAAGCUGUGUGAAGCGAGAUGCGCGAGCUUGUGAACUUUUCUCCGAGACGUGAACGCACGUUAGUUAGUGGACGUGGCCAGUCCAUCAGACCCAACGUGAUUUCACGUCUCGUAGCCUACGUGUGGGAUUGCAGGAGGCGUGCAGAGUGCAAGGUUCUCUAACCGUUUGGACUCGGGACAGGACACUUAUAUACGAGCCACGCGCUCGGGAUCCACAGCGCGAGCGUUCAUCUCGGGAACGGGUUCAUCUGCUGGGAGGACUUCUACACUCCGAUCAUGUCGUGUCUGUUACUAGGGAGGCUGAAAAGGUGGGAUGUUUUGGGUGCUGCGGUCGGGGUGCGCUCGCUGGCCACCGUCCCCUCUCUCCCUAAAGCUGUGGCUGAGUUCGUCUCCGAUGCUGUGGCUGAAUGCAAACCCGCCAAAGUGCAUGUGGUGACUGGUACGUCUGAGGAGACCGCCGGCAUUCUGGCUGGCUUGGAAAAAGAAGGCAUGGUUAAAAAAUUGCCCAAGUAUCAGAACUGCUGGCUGGCUCGUACAGACCCUAAAGAUGUGGCACGUGUGGAGAGUAAGACGGUGAUCGUCACUAAGCAGCAGAGAGACACCGUUCCUAUUCCCAGCAAUGGCGUGAAGAGUCAACUCGGCAGCUGGAUGAGCGAAAACGACUUCCAGAAAGCCAGAGAGGACCGAUUCCCUGCCAGCAUGUCGGGUCGGACGAUGUACGUGAUCCCGUUCAGCAUGGGUCCAGUGAAUUCCUCUCUAGCUAAGUUUGGCGUUCAGGUGACGGAUUCUCCGUACGUGGUGGCCAGCAUGGGAAUAAUGACCCGCAUGGGCAAGCCUGUCCUGGAGAAACUCGGAGAGGGUGCCGAGUUCGUACGCUGCCAGCACUCGUUGGGCCGACCUCUGCCGCUUAAAGCUCCUUUGAUAAACCAGUGGCCUUGUAAUCCAGACAAGGUGCUGAUCUCACAUCUCCCGGAUAGCAGGCAGAUCCUCUCUUUUGGAAGUGGUUAUGGUGGGAAUUCACUCCUGGGAAAGAAGUGUUUUGCGCUCCGUAUUGCAUCUCGCAUUGCCAAAGAUGAAGGCUGGCUAGCUGAACAUAUGCUGAUUCUGGGAAUCACAAAUCCUCAGGGUGUGAAGCGAUACAUUGCAGCAGCUUUCCCAAGCGCUUGUGGGAAAACCAACCUGGCCAUGAUGAAACCAACGCUGCCUGGUUGGAAGGUGGAAUGUGUGGGUGACGAUAUUGCCUGGAUGAAGUUUGACAGUCAGGGUAAACUCAGAGCCAUUAACCCAGAAAACGGGUUCUUCGGUGUGGCCCCUGGUACCUCUCUGAAGACAAACCCUUAUGCCAUGGAAACCAUUGCGAAGAACACGAUAUUCACAAACGUGGGUGAGACGAGUGACGGUGGCUUUUGGUGGGAAGGUCUGGAACCGCCGGCACCUGGCGUCUCACUGACCGACUGGCAUGGAAAUUUAUGGAAGCCUGGUGACUCGAAACCGUGUGCCCACCCGAACUCGAGGUUCUGUACCCCUGCGGCCCAGUGUCCCAUCAUGGACCCCAUGUGGGAGAGCGAUGAAGGAGUACCAAUUGACGCCAUCAUAUUUGGAGGCCGGAGACCAGAAGGAGUGCCCCUGGUGUAUGAAUCAUUUAACUGGAGACAUGGAGUGUUUGUUGGUGCUGCCAUGAGAUCGGAAUCUACAGCAGCUGCAGAACACAAAGGCAAAGUCGUCAUGCACGACCCCUUCGCUAUGCGUCCGUUCUUCGGCUACAACUUUGGCGACUACCUGAGCCACUGGCUGAGCAUGGAGACGAGAAAGGCGCCCACGCAACUCCCCAAGAUCUUCCACGUCAACUGGUUCCGGAAAGAUCCGCAGACCAACUCCUUUCUGUGGCCCGGAUUUGGAGAGAAUUCCAGAGUGCUCGAAUGGAUCUUCAGCCGCUGUGGACGCACCAGCGAAGAUGAGGCAGCCAGAAAGAGCAUGAUAGGAUGGUUGCCCCAAGAGGGCGCCAUCAACACAAAAGGCCUGGGCCAGAAAGUCAACAUGGAGGCGCUCUUUGACCUUCCUAAACCAUUCUGGCAAAAAGAAGCCCAAGAGAUAAGAGCCUAUUUUACGCAGCAGGUGGGCGCUGAUCUACCUGAGCAGCUAGAGGCGGAGCUAAGGGCACUCGAGAAGAGAGUUAGGGAUUGAACGAAAAAGGACAUGAUGUUUUAAAAUACACUACUUUUAAAUGUUUGCUGUAUUGUGCAAGGCGGUUUGAGCAUGAGUUCGGGAAGUAACCAAUCGUUUAAGCUACAAUCUUCAGUCCUGUAGUAAUAAUGAUGAUAAUAAUAAUAAUAAUAAUAAUAAUAAUAAUAAAAAAAUACACCAGCCACAUAAAGCUAAGACUUAGUGACUGUAACUGAAUGCCAUUGUCUUGAUGGACUACAAAACAAAAAAAUAUAUCAUCUGGAGGUUUACUCUAGUCUGUCUUAUCUUUGUACGUUCUCACAAAUGUACACGCAAUGGCCUCUAAAAGACAUCGGACCAAAAAUGGUUAGGAGAGUUAUGAAACUGUUGUUAAUGUAUUUGCUUGACCUAUAUGAAUAAAACACUGAAAAUCUCUUUUAUCA